ACAGUCAGUCAGUAGUUCACUAUCAGCGAGGAUGCAGAAAUUAAUUUAUCAAAGAGAAGUCGACCGCGUGCCUGAUUUAUUCGUGUCGUAGAUUAUGCUCAUAAAUCGAAAAAUGAACUAUAAGUUUGACCGGGGUUAUGAAGUUAUGAUCAUAGUAUACUCCCUCUGAAUAAGUGAUAAAAGUUUGCUUUGUGUAACAAUUUUAUUUUAUACGUAGAUAGUCGAGAUCAAAUUACAGUUUUAAUAGAAUUGAUGUUCAAAAGCCUUUCAUCGGAUUGGUGUCGUAUGAAAGAAUCAAAUAAUAUUUUGGAAAAUGGAUUUGGAACCAAAGGAAAACUCAGAACUACUGACUAAAGUACGUAAUGUGGAGGUGAGAAGUGCCGAGAUACCGAAACCCGAAACAAAUGGAAAUGUGCGUGGAAAUAUUGAUGAGUUCGCAAGAGGUCCCCCUGAUGGGGGGUUCAGAGCAUAUUCUGUGCUGGUGGGCUCAUUCCUCACAAAUGGCCUUCUCUUUGGUGUGAUAAAUUCAUAUAGUGUGAUAUAUACAGUGAUGUCAAAACAACUGAAGGAACAAAAUGUACCAAACUUUGAGAGCAAAGCAUCUCUGGUGGGCAGCCUGGCGAUGGGAACGACGUUUCUGCUGUCGCCGCUGUCGGGCGUGCUGACCGCGCUGAUGGGGCUGCGCCGCACCGCCGUACUCGGAGGCACCAUCGCCGCCUCUGGCCUGCUUCUAUCCUCGUUCGCCACCGAUCACGUCGACAUUCUAUGCUUCACUUACGGGGUCCUAUAUGGACUAGGCGCAUCUCUCGCCUACACGCCCUCCCUCGCCAUUCUUGGCCACUACUUCAAAAAAUAUCUUGGCCGCGUCAAUGGCAUCGUCACCAUAGGCAGUUCUAUUUUCACAGUCAUGAUGCCUCCUCUUAUGAAACAUCUUAUUGAAGAUUACGGCCUCGACUGGAUGUUCAGAGUCCUAGCUAUAUUUACAUUUGGAAUUGCGCUUUGUGGUCUUUUAUUUAAACCUAUUCCUUUAUUGGUCAUAGAAAAACCAUUGAAGGAAGACAACUGUACCUCACUUAUUAAAACUAUAGUGAGUGUCGAAAUUUGGAAAAAUAAGAAAUAUAGGAUGUGGGCGCUGUCCAUGCCCGUGGCACUAUUCGGAUACUUUGUGCCUUACGUGCACAUAGGAAAAUUCGUUGAAACUUUCGAUAAAGUAUACAACAAUGUACCCAUACAAUGCAUAGCAGCCACUUCUGGGGUAGGGAGACUAGUUUUCGGAUUCCUCGCGGAUAAGCCUGGUAUCGACCGCAUUCUGUUACAGCAGAUUUCGUUUUACGUCAUAGGAAUUCUUACAAUUAUUUUGCCAUUUGUUAAUUCCUUUGCCUUUAUAAUUGUUAUUUCUUUAGGAAUGGGCGUGUUCGACGGUGCAUUUAUUGCCCUAAUUGGGCCGAUAGCGUUUGAGUUAGUUGGCGGUGCCCACGCGGCGCAGGCUAUCGGUUGCAUGUUGGGUCUUGCGGCGGCUCCGCUGUCCAUCGGUCCGCCGUUCGCAGCCUAUCUGCAUGGUUUAUAUGAUUCCUAUACCUUGCCAUUCGUUCUCGCCGGCAUUUCUCCGCUGGUUGGCGCCACUCUCAUGUUUACCAUACGUCUUUAUCGCAAGCCAGGAAUUCAAAAACGCCAGAAUCUAGACAAGGGUAAUAGCAUAAAUGGGAAAUUAUCUUCAAAUGAUAUUGAAAAACUUUCGGGAUCUGGCCCUCUACAAAAUGGCGAUAAUCACCAUGAUCGGAUGGUUAAUACUUCUUUAUAACCAGAUAAAUUUUGGCUUUAAGUAGCCGUAACAACGCAACUGCCGAACACAUUUCAGAAAACGUAAAAUGUCAGGUAUAUAGAUUAUAGAUGUAACUUAUAUUUACAUAGAUGGGUAUGCAAUACCAUAUUUGUACAAACUCAAGUUUUGUGCCAGUAGUUGUAAAUUAUUUCAGUGAUAAAAAAUGUGAAAAAAACAAUCGUAGAUAGGUUUUAAAAAAUGCUUGCUCCUAAUGGAUCAGCCGUUUGUUAAAAAAAUCGUUAUGUUCAUUGAACUUAAGUACUUAUGUUAUGUCCGUAUGAUACCGGCGCAGGCGCCGGCGUGCUGCAACUUCGCGGCCGGAGGCAGGAUAUUUCUACCUCGCUUACCAUACUGCAUAAUGCAUAGACCACGUUUGAUAUUAUACACUUUGUUGUAUGAUAAAAAGGCAUAAAAUUAAAUGAGUUUUCAAAUGUAGUUUUUGCAAAUAUGUUAUGCGGAGGCAGAUUUAGCUAACACCUCACGUACUUCAAUAUUUUCCACUUUGUAUAUUAGCAUUUUAAACUAUUCUUUCAACUCCUAAUAUUAUGCAAAAAUACUUUGUUUAUUGAUAAAAUUAAUAUUGGUACGGUCGAGCUCAUAAAGUUAUAUACUUAACCACAUUUUUUAAAUAGUAUCUUUAUACGAUUAUGUGCAUUUAUGCAAUUAAGUAAAUAUUUAUGAUGUCGACUGUAUCUUUUUUUAUGCAUUUUUAAUUUUACUCUGAUUGUAAAACAUUUACCAUUUAAACGUUCCUAGAUAGAUUAGUUAUAUUAUGUUGUCAUAUUUUAUGUAAUGUUUAGUUAAGAAUAAGAUUAAAUCAUAGAUAUUAAAGUUAAUAUUGACAAUAAUAUAUAAUUAUUUGAAACGUUUAGGUACAUUAAAUUAUUUACGACAGUUAAAUAGUGCAACAAAAUAGGUGAUAUAAUUAUGUAUUUAAAAAUGGUACAGUUUACAGUACAUUUGAAAAAUUUCAAUAAAUUUUUUUCAUUAUUAGUAAGUAUAUGAUGUACAGAAAAGUAUACGUUAAGAUUUUAUCAAAGUUUUAUUAUUAUUUACUUACAUAGAAUCUCUAAAGUCAGUGUUUUGUAAUUAUGUUGUAUUUUUAAUAUUACUUGUAACUGGGCCUUUUUUUAAAAGUUGUACUCUACAUUGCGAUCUUUAUGUUGUUUCUACUCAGAAUCACGAUCCAUUUCGAUCCUUAUAGGAGAAAAAAAGUGUUCCUAGAUUUUUAUUUCCAUUCCGUUACCAUUUUUCACGGACUUUGUAUUACGGUAACGGAACGGAAAACGGAAAAUUUUGGUACACCUACUGGGAUCGAAAAAAGACGUGAUUAUGAGUAGGAAUAACAUUAAAAUUCCGAUAUUUGAAAAAAGUGUACCUUACAAUAAUUAGUUAAAUAAAAAUGGCUUAACUAUGUAGUUGUAGUGAACAGCGGGCGCAGCAUGGUUCCGUUUUUAUCGCAUGUCACUAUGCCCGUCACUUUCGCACUUACAGACCUAUUAAAAUGUGACAGGUAUAGUGACAAGCGAUAAAAAUGCGACCGUGCUACCGCCGCAGCUAAUGAAUAUUACAGUAAAAUGAUGAGGCAAAUUCUAUAAUUUGCCUCACGAAUUUAGUGUAAAUGUCUAUACAUUUACACUAAAUUCGUUGUGGCACCGUCGUCUGUGCGAGAAAAAAGUGUUGUUUCUCGAUAUGUUCGUCAGUAGGUAGUCUUUCAAAACUUAGGCCAGUAACCUAUGAAGCAAAACUUGUGAGUACAAUUUCCUGUGCUAAAUACAAAUGAUUAAAUGUUUCCUCAUUUGCGGGUUCUGUGCAUUCUAAUUUGAUUUUCGUGUUCUUGUGAAUUAAUGUUCAGUUCUUGGAAUGUCGGUCAACAUAUAAAGCACUUAUUCUCGUACAGCCUAUGGUUCUAGGACAUAUUAAGUACCUAAAUGUCAUAGCAAGUCGUCCAAGUACUUUUUACUUACAUAUAUAUGGAUGAAUUUAUUAAAAAUACCCGAAUUAUAGGUAGAUGCUUACCAUAUAAUUUCAUAAAGUGCAAAUACUACGUCCACUUUUUAUAUAAUUUUUUAUUUCGAGGUAUUUCGAAUAAAUAUAAAACUUAUUUCGAAAACCCUGAGUCUGUGUAUUACGAGAUAUCUACACAUGAAUUACCGUGCACAGUUUGAUCUUAUUACCUACAUAAAACCGGCCACUUCGACAUCAACAACAAUGACCGUGACUAAAACCAUGCACUAACAUAAUUCAGAAAGUGACCAUAGCAACAGGAUGCUUCCAUGCUAAUAUUAGAAUCUUGUAUAAUAGGAUGAUUGGUCUAGUUUGACUCGAAAUUGUAACAACGAAUGUCAAUUUUCGUCACUCAGUGAGAAUAACAACCUAAACUUCUAGCUUAAAAUUUUAGGGCACUAAUUGUAAAGUUUUACUUAUAAAUCGGGCAGAAGUAUGUUGUAAGUAGUCUGUGAUAUUGAAUCAUAAUCAAAUACAUAUUAGGUACAUAUAGAGUACAGAGUAAUGACAUAACAUUACAGAGUAAUGUUGCAUAAAUAUUGCCCAUUAUAUAUAGGUAUUUAUUUUAUGUGACGUUGAUUCGAAUACAAAAUUACCUUUACGCUGACUUUUUGGUUAUGCGUUUGCGUUGCCAGAUUUAAGUUAUUAUUUUGUUUGAAUAUAAUAACAUAAAACGUUAAGUAUAUUUUGACUUUAAAUAUCUAAGAUAUAUUAAUAUUAUGCCUUCCUUCAGUUCGGUCAAAAUCAAAUUACUUAGAUCAAAUAGGACUUUCUUUGUAGUCUUAAAGAGAGGCAAUCUUCGGCAGGUCCGUUAUGAAAUAGCGCUCCCUUUGUGUACAAUAUAUAGGUAGGUACAGUGUUAUUUUUAUGAAAAUAAGGUGCACAAUCAAUUUAUGAUUGUGAAUUUUUUAAAUGCUGGUAAUGAAUGUGACAACCUAAAAUUUUAUUUAACUAUGUAUACUCGCGCGAGAUGUAAAAGCUCUAAAGUCUCAAUCGAAAUAAGGGUCCCAUCGGCUGGACGCAUGUAAUAAAUUGUUUUGUACCUAUACUUAUUUUACAAAAUCUGUAAUUAUUUUAAUAACUAUGAAUGAUCAGAUUGAAUGAUCUAUAGUUUUCUUCACGUAAUAUGAAAAAAUCAAAGUUUAAAAACUAUGUAUAUGUAUACACGAAAAGGUUCUCUAUAUAGACGAAAACCAUCAGUAAUCAUUUUCUAGUUAAGACGGGUAACGCAAAUUUGUACCUAGUUUUUAUAUGGAAUUAAUACAGGUUUUAAUCAAGGGCAAUUGACGUGUUCCGUUUUAUCAAAUACUCUGGUGAAUCGCCAAAAAAAAAAAAUAUACUGUGUUCGCCAAUGUAGGUACCUAUAUAGCCUUUCUUUGGGAAUAUUACUCCAGUAUGAAACAAAAAACAAGACAACACAGCGAUUUAGCAAUUUAUCAAUUUAAAAUGAAAUAGUAAUCGUUAUUUGUUUUACAAGGGGACAAAGUUGUUGUUUAACCGCUCGUGCUAAUAUUGAUACCCGAGCAAGCGAAAGAUUCCAAAAUUGAACCACGAGCGUAGCGAGGGGUUCGAAAAAUGGAAACUUGAGCGUGGCGUGGGUUUCAAAGCACGAGGGUUAAACAAAAUUUGCCCCCGAGUGAAACACUAAAUUUUUCACCACACCAAACCGAAGCAAAUAUUAAAUGUAAUAUAUCAAACCAAAUCAAAUCCAAAUGAAUGCUAUUAAAUAUUAAUCAUCCAAAAUCAUCAUUUAAAACCCAAUUCUACCAGCAAGCAUAAGAAAACAACUCAAAAUUUGCAUUUGAUUACUUUGCCUCACAUGUGAAUAAAAUUCAACUUUGCUAUUAGUUUUUGAAGUGCAAAGUAAGCCUUUCCGAGCUGGUGUGGUGAAAAUAAAUAAACAAAGUCCCUCGAAGAAUGCAAUAUACAAAGUUAUCGGAAAAACAAUUAAAUGUAAACUUGAUACGGCUUUUGAAACAAAUCUAAUAAAACUUGUAGGUACUUACUUCAUCUGUCGUAAGGAUACAAAGCACUAUCGAAUGUCAUUGGACUCAUAGGUAUGUGUCCAGUUAUUAUGUAGUAUGAGUAAUGUAAAUUAUGAUAAGUUCCUAUAUUACUGUAAUCAAGAUACUGCAUUCAUCUGUUGUCCCAGUCCACCUAACCAGCAUACAAUAAUUAAGUUAAUCAUAUGCCUAUAAAUAAUACGCGCAAUAUUAGUAAAAAUUAAAUUAAGGUUCCUACCUCAUGAUAUUAUAUUUUAUAUUCUGUUUUACUUAAUUAAUUAAGAAUAAUGCUAAGUAGCCUGCGCAAACGAUUAUUUGCAUCAAAUGUAUAGGUAUAUCAUCUCUCAUCGUCGAUGAAUGAUAUAACGGUAUACAAAGGUUAUCGUGCUCUAGCAAAACUGGGACAUGUCCUGGGACAUGCGAACGUGCAGUUGAUGUACUAAAAUUAUAUUGAAAAUACAUUGGUAGAGGUAGACCAAGGUAAGUUGGCAGCGAUCGGAGUCAUUCUUCUAUUAAAUUAUUACGUUUAAAUAACACUUGCACAGGGCUAUCAAAAUCGCUUGGUUUAACUCUGUUCUAGUGUAUGUUCGCUCUUAAGCUCAGCUAAAAUACGAGUAAGCUGCAUUAAGCGUGGCGAACUAAUGAAUGUACUCAUUGAAUUGUUAUUCAAUUUUAGUUUCCGAAUAUGGCCCCUGGAAUGCUAUUUAUCUUAAUGUUUGACUCACCCUAAAUUGUACAUCGCUUAUUAAAUUUAUUCUAUUUGUUACUUCUGUAAUGCUGAUGUUGGAUGUUUAUACGUUUGUAAACAUUGGGUAUAGUUUUACGGAUAUUUUGUAUACGUUUUAUUUGAUUAAAUAAUGAAAUAGCCUAACUACUAAGAGAAUACUAUAAUUAAUGUUACUAACGGGUCUUACGCGAUACACACACUUACGCACACGCGAUAUAUCUAGUAACAUUAAUUAUGUGUACAAAACGCGAGAGUUUGAAGUGUUAUACUAAGAGAAUACAAUGUUAUAUUUUAGGUAUGCAGAGUAAAUCAGACAAAUACAUAAUAUUUUGAAUAGCAGCCGAGUGAUAAAACAUAUUUUAUUAUUGUCACAUUUAUCACUACAUUAUCUAAGUUAAGUAGGUAGCGAAAUAAAUGUGUAGAGAAUUAUAUCGAAUUGUCAAUUAAACCUUAUAUUUUUAGAACUACCAAAUGCAAUAAAAUAUUUUCAUUAAUACAAA